AUGCAGGAGAACUACGAGAAUGUGACCUCGCUGGGGUUUCCUGUUUCCAGACCUGAUGUGAUCUCCCAGCUGGAACAAGGGACAGAGCCGUGGGUCCCAGACAUGCAGGGUUCAGAGGAAAGAGAGAUGCUGAGACGUCCCUGCACAGGUGCGAUGGUGAGUGAGAAUGAGGAGCAGAAGUCUCAGCAGGAAGGUGCUGCUCAAGUGGAAUCAGAUGGAGCAUUAUCGCAAAGAUCGACAGGGGAUGUGUCCAGGAGUCACGGGCAGGGACAAUCCUGUGAGAUUCAGCACAGAGCAGAGAGAGAGGAGGGGAACCAGCCAGGGGAGAAAUCGAGUACAUUGAUUUACUGUCAGGGAACUCACCAGGAUCUCAAGGAAACCACAGCUCAGCAAAAAAUCCUUGGGAGAACGAAAAAAAAUACAUGCACUGAGUGUGGGAAAACCUUUAGUCGCUGCUCAACCCUUACUAAACACCAGAGAACACACAGAGCAGAGAGACCCUUUGAAUGCUGCGAGUGCGGGAAAACCUUCAUUUGGCACUCACACCUUAUUUCGCAUCAGAGAGUCCACACAGGUGCGAAACGCUAUGAGUAUCGCAAGGGCGGGAAAACCUUCACUCCGAACUCAAACCUUACUGCACAUCACAGAACCCACAUCGGUGAGAAACCUUAUGAGUGCGGUGAUUGUGGGAAAAACUUCACUCAGAGCUCAGAUCUCACUACGCACCAGAGAAUCCACACGGGGGAGAGACCCUAUGAAUGCCGUGAGUGUAAGAAAAGCUUCAUUCGACGGUCACACCUGAUUACGCAUAAGAGAAUCCACACAGGGGAGAGGCCCUACGAAUGCUGUGAGUGCGGGAAAAGCUUCACUGCCAGCUCAAACCUCAUUCAGCAUCAGAGAAUCCACACAGGGGAGAGGCCCUAUGAAUGCUCUGAGUGCGGAAAAAGCUUCACUCAGAGUUCAGAUCUUACUACGCAUCAGAGAAUCCAUACAGGGGAGAGACCCUAUGUAUGCUGUGAGUGCGGAAAAAGCUUCAUUCGACGGUCACACCUGAUUACGCAUCAGAGAAUCCACACAGGGGAGAAACCCUAUGAAUGCUGCGAGUGCGGGAAAAGCUUCACUGCCAGCUCAAACCUCAUUCAGCAUCAGAGAAUCCACACAGGGGAGAGGCCCUACCAAUGUUGCGAGUGCGGGAAAAGUUUCGCUCAGAGCUCAGAACUUGCUACGCAUCAGAGAAUGCACAAGGGCGAGAGACCCUAUGAAUGCCGUGAGUGUGGGACAAAUUUCACUGAUCGUUCCGCCUUCCUCAAUCAUCAGCGAAUCCACACCGGAGAGAGACCCUACGUAUGCUUUGAGUGCGGGAAAACCUUCACUCGGAGCUCAAACCUCAUUACCCAUCAGAGAAUUCACACGGGUGAGAAACCGUACGAAUGCGGCGAGUGUGGGAAAAGAUUCACUCACAGCUCAAACCUUAUAACGCACCAGAGAAUCCACACGGCGGAAAGGCUCUAUCAAUGUGAGUGCGGGAAAAGCUUUGCGGAGAGCUCGGCCCUUCUUAAACAUCGGCGAAUCCACGCAGGAGACAAACCCUACGAAUGCUGCGAGUGCGGGAAAACCUUCACACGGAGCGCCGCCUUUAUCUCUCAUCAGAGAAUCUGCAAGGGAGAGAAACGCCAGAAAAACCGUUAGGGCUACCGAAACAUUUUUUUUUCUUGUGCUGAUUCCCACGUAGCAACCUUUAAGGCUGUUAUCCCUCAGCUUGUCCAGAUGAGUUGUCCAUUUUUGCCAUUUGCCCUGUUUUGAGGUGGUCCCAAUUGUCCUUUCUAUCAACUCCAUUGUCCCAUGAGUAAUAGGAGUGCGUCCCUCCUUCCACGAACCAGGGAGUGUCGCAUUGAUACCGUUCCUCCUAUUGCAAAGGUCCUGUUAGUCACCAAUGAGACAGGUUGUGCU